CAUUAUUUUUGCGUAAAUACAGUGACAUUAUAGUACCUGUGUGUACCAACAAAAUUGACGGCAUAACAUAUUUGAUUAUUACUCCAAGUGCAUGAACUGGGAUGUCUGCAACAGACUGGUACGCGCACAAAUCCCUCGGAGAAGGUCUGUACUGGAUCCAGGAGAAGUUUUUCGAAUCGUCAAACAGAGCAAAUAUUUGGCUCCUUCGAGGAUCUCACCAAGAUGUUGUGAUAGACACAGGCUUGGGGUUGAGGAGUUUACCUGAUUACAUUAACACCAAAGGUCUGCUUGGAGACGACCCGCAGCGAAAGAACCCCCUUUUGGCGAUCGCCACCCACGCCCACUUCGACCACUCAGGUGGUCUGCAUCAGUUCGAACAGGUCGGGAUCCACAGUGCAGAGGUCGAUGCGCUGGCCAACGGAGACAACUUCGAGACCGUCACUUGGCUGUCCGACAGAGAGAUAGUCCAAUCUCCCUGGCCGGGAUGGAGCGCAAGAGAAUACAGAGUCAAGGCUGUACAACCAACACACAUACUACAAGAAGGUAAUAACCAAACCAUACAAUCUAGUGGUUAUGGUACACCAAUGUGGUGGCAUGAUUGUUACCAGGAAUCUAAAAGACAAUUUGCUGUGUUCAGUCUCUAAUGCAUGAUAUGGAUUUGAGAGAAGGAGAUGGUCAAUAUGAAUGUAAUUACACAGUCCUUAAAGGAUGUGUCUUUGCCCCUUGUUACAGAAAAUCGACUUUGCAUUGGAAUACGCUUUCACAUUAAGCUGCAUCCCAUAGGGAAAUGUAUACUGCAGAGUAGACUUGGCAGGGUACCAACACUGACCUCCCAGCACACACAAACACGCACACACACACACACACACACACACACACACACACACACACACACACACACACACACACACACACAGACCAAGCAUGAUCCCUCCCUGUUUUAUACAGUUUUGUAACUGUAUAAUCCAUCUCCAUCAUACUGUCACAAUAGAAGUCAGAGCUUCAGAUAGGCCUAUUGUUGAAGGGUGCGUCUCUGACUGCACAUUCUUUGGAUGAGGUUUCACUCCCUACAUCAGUUUGACUCAGUUACAUGAACUGUAUAAUGUUGUUGCUUACAAUGGGUCCCAUAGGAGGGAUUAUUUAAUGUGUGAAUGACAGUGGCUCACAAAUAGCCCUAGUGGUUGUUAUUCUGCAGUAUGCCUGUAUCUGCAGAGAUGCUAUUUUCAUACUCAGCCGAUGACUUUGAGGGGUUUUAUUUCAGCGAAGGAAGUACAGCAGGCUAGACCCAGCCAUACUGAAUUACAACAGAGCCUGAGAGGCAGAACGUCCUCAUUUUUAAUCGCAUCCACAGAGAUCAGACCACAAGUUAUCUUCUUGUUGAAGACACACACAUACACUACAGGUCUUCAUUGAUCCACCUGUACCUGAAUACCCAAGACCCGAUCCGGGACCUGAGUGGGUCCGGAUCCAGAAUUCUAAAUAAUGUCAAUGGUCUGUGUCAGAUCUGAUAUGAUUGUCACGGGUCUCAGGUAUGUGUAAUUUUAACUGACUUGUCCGGAAGGGCCCAUACAGAUCCAAACAUGACUGCUGCAGUAGAGAGAGAGAGCCUAUAUUUUAUAAUUUAUGAUUCUGUUCUUGCUUUUUACACACACAGGCACAGACAUACACAUGAUAACACACACACUCGUACACAUGAAUUUUGUAUUGUAGAUACACUAUUUAUACAAAAGUGUGUGGACACCCUUUCAAAUGAGUGGAUUUGGCUAUUUCAGCUACACCCGUUGCUGACAGGUGAAUAAAACUAAGCACACAGUCAUGCAAUCUCCAUAGACAAACAUUGGCAGUAGAAUGGCCUUACUGAAGAGCUCAGUGAUUUUCAACGUGGCACCGUCAUAGGAUGCCACCUUUCCAACAAGUCAGUUAGUCAAAUUUCUGCGCUACUAGAGCUGCCCCGAUCAACUGUAAGUGCUGUUAUUGUAAAGUGGAAACGUCUAGGAGCAACAAUGGCUCAGCCGUGAAGUGGUAGGCCACACAAGCUCACAGAACGGGACCGCUGAGUGCUGAAGCGUGCAGUGCGUAAAAAUAGUCUGUCCUCGGUUGCAACACUCAAUACCGAGUUCCAAACUGCCUCUGGAAGCAACAUCAGCACAAUAACUGUUCGUCGGGAGCUUCAUGAAAUGGGUUUCCAUGGCCGAGCAGCCGCACAGAAGGCUAAGAUCACAAUGCGCAAUGCCAAGCGUCGGCUGGAGUGGUGUAAAGCUCGCCGCCAUUGGACUCUGGAGCAGUGGAAACGCGUUCUCUGGAGUAAUGAAUCACGCUUCACCAUCUGGCAGUCCAACAGAUGAAUCUGGGUUUGGCGGAUACCAGGAGAACACUACCUGCCCGUAUGCUUAGUGCCAACUGUAAAGUUUGGUGGAGAAGGAAUAAUGGUCUGGGGCUGUUUUUCAUGGUUCGGGCUAGGCCCCUUAGUUCCAGUGAAGGGAAAUCUUAACGCUACAGCAUACAAUGACAUUCUAGACGAUUCUGUGCUUCCAACUUUGUGGCAACAGUUUGGGGAAGGCCCUUUCCUGUUUCAGCAUGACAAUGCCCCCGUGCACAAAGCGAGGUCCAUACAGAAAUUGAAAGAUCGGUGUGGGAGAACCCCAUCGAACAUGAAUUGGGAUGAAUUGGAACGGCGACUGCGAGCCAGGCCUAAUCACCCAACAUCAGUGCCUGACCUCACUAAUGCUCUUGUGGCUGAAUGGAAGCAAGUCCCCACAGCAAUGUGACAACAUCUAGUGGAAAGCCUUCCCAGAAGAGUGGAGGCUGUUAUAGCAGCAAAGGGGGGACCAACUCCAUAUUAAUGCCCAUGAUUUUGGAAUGAGAUGUUCGAUGAGCAGGUUCAUGACCCUACCUUACACAGAAAGCGGCACAGGUCCUAAUCCAGGCACUUGUCAUCUCCCGUCUGGAUUACUGCAACUCGCUGUUGGCUGGGCUCCCUGCCUGUGCCAUUAAACCCCUACAACUUAUCCAGAACGCUGCAGCCCGUCUGGUGUUCGACCUUCCCAAGAUCUCUCAUGUCACCCCGCUCCUCCGCACACUCAACUGGCUUCCAGUUGAAGCUUGCAUCUACUACAAAACCAUGGUGCUUGCCUACGGAGCUGUGAGGGGAACGGCACCUCCGUACCUUCAGGCUCUGAUCAGUCCCUACACCCAAACGAGGGCAUUGCGUUCAUCCACCUCUGGCCUGCUAGCCCCCCUACCUCUACGGAAGCACAGUUCCCGUUCAGCCCAGUCAAAGCUAUUCGCUGCUCUGGCACCCCAAUGGUGGAACAAGCUCCCCCACGACGCCAGGACAGCGGAGUCACUGACCACCUUCCGGAGACACUUGAAACCCUACCUCUUUAAGGAAUACCUGGAAUAGUAUAACAGUAAUCCUUCUGACAUUAUGCCACUCCUGGCGCAAAAAUUCAAGCAGCUCGUCUUUGUUUGAUGGCUUGUGACCAUCCAUCUUCCUCUUGAUUACAUUCCAGAAGUUUUCAAUGGGGUUCAAGUCUGGAGAUUGGGCUGGCCAUGACAGGGUCUUGAUCUGGUGGUCCUCCAUCCACACCUUGAUUGACCUGGCUGUGUGGCAUGGCGCAUUGUCCUGCUGGAAAAACCAAUCCUCAGAGUUGAGGAACAAUGUCAGAGCAAAAGGAAGCAAGUUUUCUUCCAGGACAACCUUGUACAUGGUUUGAUUCAUGCGUCCUUCACAAAGACAAAUCUGCCCGAUUACAGCCUUGCUGAAGCACCCCCAGAUCAUCACCGAUCCUCCACCAAAUUUCACAGUGGGAGCGAGAUUUUUUCCAGAGCUGUAUAUAUAUAUAUCAUGUAGUAACCAAAAAAGUGUUAAACAAAUCAAAAUAUAUUUGAGAUUUGAGAUUCUUCAAAGAGCCACCCUUUGCCUUGAUGACAGCUUUGCACACUCUUGGCAUUCUCUCAACCAGCUUCAUGAGGUAGUCACCUGGAAUGCAUUCCAAUUAACAGGUGUGUCUUCCUAAAAGUUAAUUUGUGGAAUUUCUUUCCUUCAUAAUGUGUUUGAGCCAAUCAGUUGUGUUGUGACAAGGUAGUGGGGUAUACAGAAGAUAGCCCUAUUUGGUGAAAUACCAAGUCCAUAUUAUGGCAAGAACAGCUCAAAUAAGCAAAGAGAAACGACAGUCCAUCAUUACUUUAAGAAAUUUUUUAGAAAAAUUUCAAGAACUUUGAAAGUUUCUUCAAGUGCAGUCGCAAAAACCAUCAAGCAAUAUGAUGAAACUGGCUCUCAUGAGGACCGCCACAGGAAAGGAAGACCCAGAGUUACCUCUGCUGCAGAGGAUAAGUUCAUUAGAGUUACUAGCCUCAGAAAUUGCAGCCCAAAUAAAUGCUUCACAGAGUUCAAGUAACAGACACAUCUCAACAUCAACUGUUCAGGCCUUCAUGAAUCAGGCCUUCAUGGUCAAAUUGCUGCAAAGAAAGCACUGCUAAAGGACACCAAUAAGAAGAAGAGACUUGCUUGGGCCAAGAAACACGGGCAAUGGACAUUAGACCGGUGGAAAUCUGUCCUCUGUUCUGGAGUCCAAAUUGGAGAUUUUUGGUUCCAACCGCUGUGUCGUUGUGAGACAUGGUGUGGGUGGAGGAGGCCGUAGGAGGGCAACAACCCAGCAGCAGGACUGCUACCUCCGCCUUUGUGCAAGGAGGAGCAGGAGGAGCACUGCCAGAGCCCUGCAAAAUGACCUCCAGCAGGCCACAAAUGUGCAUGUGUCUGCUCAAACGGUCAGAAACAGACUCCAUGAGGGUGGUAUGAGGGCCCGACGUCCACAGGUGGGGGUUGUGCUUACAACCCCCACCUGUGGACGUCGUGCAGGACGUUUGGCAUUUGCCAGAGAACACCAAGAUUGGCAAAUUCGCCACUGGCGCCCUGUGCUCUUCACAGAUGAAAGCAGGUUUACACUGAGCACAUGUGACAGACGUGGCAGAGUCUGGAGACGCCGUGGAGAACGUUCUGCUGCCUGCAACAUCCUCCAGCAUGACCGGUUUGGCGGUGGGUCAGUCAUGGUGUGGGGUGGCAUUUCUUUGGGGGGCCGCACAGCCCUCCAUGUGCUCGCCAGAGGUAGCCUGACUGCCAUUAGGUACCGAGAUGAGAUCCUCAGACCCCUUGUGAGACCAUAUGCUGGUGCGGUUGGCCCUGGGUUCCUUCUAAUGUAAGACAAUGCUAGACCUCAUGUGGCUGGAGUGUGUCAGCAGUUCCUGCAAGAGGAAGGCAUUGAUGCUAUGGACUGGCCCGCCCGUUCCCCAGACCUGAAUCCAAUUGAGCACAUCUGGGACAUCAUGUCUCGCUCCAUCCACCAACGCCACGUUGCACCACAGACUGUCCAGGAGUUGGCGGAUGCUUUAGUCCAGGUCUGGGAGGAGAUCCCUCAGGAGACCAUCCGCCACCUCAUCAGGAGCAUGCCCAGGCGUUGUAGCGAGGUCAUACAGGCACGUGGAGGCCACACACACUACUGAGCCUCAUUUUGACUUGUUUUAAGGACAUUACAUCAAAGUUGGAUCAGCCUGUAGUGUGGUUUUCCACUUUAAUUUUGAGGGUGACUCCAAAUCAGACCUCCAUGGGUUGAUACAUUUGAUUUCCAUUGAUAAUUUUUGUGUGAUUUUGUUGUCAGCACAUUCAACUAUGUAAAGAAAAAAGUAUUUAAUAAGAUUAUUUCAUUCAUUCAGAUGUGUUAUUUUAGUGUUCCCUUUAUUUUUUUGAGCAUUGAAUAUAUACAUAUUGGGUCCGGAUGGGAAAGAUCCAGGUCCAUUUUGGAAUUUGGACCCAUGAAGACAUCUAACACACACACUCCUAAUCCAUAUUCUUCAUCAUAGCAGGUCUUUUGACCAGUCUUGUGGUUCAUUUUCACACAUUGCUGCACACUUGACAAAGUUGGAGCAAACUCCCCCCACAUAGUGUCCUUUCCUUUUGUAAUUUGUGCACCGGUCAAUACACUUCUGCUGUGUCAGUGCUGCAAUGCAGCUGGAGUAUGUUAUUGCUCAAUGUGUCCAUUUUCCCCGUCUCUCUCUCGCUCUCCUUGCUCUCCCUCAGGUGAUGUCAUCAACCUGGGCGACAGGCAGCUGACGGUGCUGCACAUGCCCGGCCACUCCCGCGGAAGCAUCUGCCUGCACGACGGGGACAACAAGAUGCUGUUCAGCGGGGACGUGGUCUACGACGGUGCCAUGAUCGACUGGCUGCCCACCAGCCGGGUCAGUGACUACGUCAGCAGCUGUGAGCGCCUGGUGGGGCUGGUGGAUAGUGAGCAGGUGGACCAGGUAAUGCCGGGACACUAUCACACAUUUGGUGCGAAACGGCUCCACCGCAUCGCUUCGGGGUACAUCGACAGAGCCGGCACCUGCUCGGCACGCUUCUCCACCUUUGCCUGGAGGACCUUGGCCAGAUUGGCGCUACGGGCGUCCAACACACGCAGCGCCUGCUAG